AUGGCCGCUCACACCGUCCUCUCCUCCGACCCAUCUCACUCUCUUCUUCAAUUUCCCCUCUCAAACCCUAACCAUAACAACCCACGGCUCCUCCGCUCUUCAUUCCACAGCCUCUCCCUCAAACCGACCACCAAAACCCUAGCCCUUGUUGCUGGCGCUUCUGCAGCCCCUCCCGUCCUCGUCGCCCGCCGUAACGGAAACUCCAACACCGAAUUUGUUAUCACUCUGAUCGAAGAAGAUAAUGGUUCGUCUUCAUCUACCCUUCCCUCUACGUAA